AUUUGGAGGAAGAGAGAGAGGGAGUAAAAAGUAGGCGUUAAAGAAAGUGUGCCGCUACCAAGAGUUGGAGACUAGCCAUACAUCAGUAAGCCUCCUCUCUCUUUAGCAGUUCUGGGCUUCAAUGAGCUCUGCAGGUGCUUGCUGUCGUAUCGACCAGUUGAGGCUGUGUAUUAUGUGUGCGUUGCUGCCGCGUUAGCGUGCACGGCCCUCCUUGCAGUCCCCUCGCUGGCUGCUAAUAGGAUUUUUAUGGGCCCAUGUCAAGCAGGAUAGAGCUGCCAAGGGGAGCUGCUUCACACACGCACGCACGCACAAGCACAUGCCAACACCAAUAUACACAGAUAAUCAAAGAGGCAUUGUAGGCAGGCAAGGUUUAUACUGCUUCACACAUGUAGACACAUCACGUAGAAAUGCGCACCCCUCAGAGCAGUAAGAAACACGCGAGGGUGUGUUCACAGAGACAAUCACUUGUGCUGAUUCUUCAUGGUGCUGGUGACAGCUGAAUUACUGGGCCUCACUCAGAGGCUAUUAAUUUGGGACUCACAGAUAUUGUUUUACAUUAUGGCAAAACACCAAGAGGAACACUCCGUGGACAGCUAAGAACAUAUUCAUCAGUUCCUGUGAACUCAGAAAACUCUCAAGUAAAUUUAAAUAUGAACUCAUGACAACAUGAGCUGCACUGGUGCACUAAAAAACUUUUCUUGUCUGCAUUUUACCAUUAACUGGGACACCCCACUUUCCCUCUGUGCUUUUCCUCACACUGCUUUCAUUGUGGAUAAAGCCGUUUUUAAAGCAGUUGGGUUUUGGCUGCCUGGUAACGAGCGGAGGACAGACAAGCAGACAGAUGGAUGCAGCUCUUGCACUGGCCGAGACAGACAGAUGGCUGUGUGUCCUUUUAGAUAAAAACUUUGAAUACUGAGACAAAGAGACUUUGAAUCACUAGAGCCUGUGUGGACUUGCACGGAUAUAAAAACUGACACUGCAGAUUCAUUAUGGAGCUUGUUCCAAAAACAAAGUACACCCACUUUCGGAGUGAAUCGCUGAGCUCAACUGACGAAACAAACUCCAAUCCGUCUUCGUUUCCUCCUUCCAGUCCUGCCACCCCUCUCACUCCCUCCCCUGGCUUACCUUCCUCUCUCUCUUCCUCCUCUCUCACUCCCAUUUUGCCCCCCUCCUCUCCCCACCCAGCUGAGAACAGCCCCACCACCCUCUGCUCCUUCUUCCCCAGGAUGGGAUCCCUUCGUCUGGGUGUCUCAGCUACUCUUCUCCCAGGACUCAAGGCCUCAAGCAGGUCGCAGCCACCCCAGGCACCUCAGGCGCCUGUUGAGUCCUCUGGGGAUGACAGGAGCAACUCUAGCUCCUCCCCACCACUUCAUCACCCCGUUUCCCUUCUAACUGCUCCUUCUCCCCCUCCCCGACCUCCUCUGCAGGACAUGAACCGGCUGGGAGGGGUGUCUAGGAGGGCACGAGUGGAAGGAGGGCAGCUGGGAGGAGAUGAGUGGACGCGCCAUGGCUCCUUUGUCAACAAGCCCACCCGUGGCUGGCUGCACUCCGAUAAUCUGGUCAGCACCACCGGUGUUUCCUACACUGUACGGUACAUGGGAUGCGUGGAGGUGCUACAAUCAAUGCGAGCACUGGACUUCAACACCAGAACUCAGGUCACGAGGGAAGCUAUCUCUGUGGUGUGUGAGGCAGUACCUGGUGCCAAAGGAGCCCGCAGGAGAAAGCCUUCCUCUCGCUGUCUAACAUCCAUCCUGGGAAAGAGUAACUUACAGUUUGCAGGCAUGACAAUCAGCCUCACCAUCUCGACCAGCAGCCUCAAUCUGUUGGCCUCUGACUGCAAACAGAUAAUCGCCAAUCAUCACAUGCAGUCCAUCUCUUUCGCCUCUGGAGGAGACCCAGAUACAGCUGAGUACGUAGCAUAUGUGGCCAAAGAUCCAGUCAACCAGAGAGCAUGUCAUAUCUUGGAGUGUUCAGAGGGUUUGGCCCAGGAAGUCAUCAGCACCAUUGGUCAGGCCUUCGAGCUGCGUUUUAAACAGUAUCUAAAGAACCCUCCCAAACUGGUUACACCUCAUGACAGAAUGGCUCCAUUUGAUGGCUCCGCAUGGGAGGAAGAGGACGAUGAGGCUGCUCCACUUCCUGAUGUCCCGUACUAUAAUAAUUUCCCUGGAAAACAGCCUCCCCCUGGUGGACUGAUUGACAUGAGGACCCGGCCUGGGGCCACACUGCCUUAUGGACAGCCAGGUCAGAAUGACAUUCAUAAACAGCCUCUGCCACCCCUACCAGUGGGUGCCAAAGAAGGAGGACGGGAGAUGUUUGAUGACCCUUCAUACGUCAAUGUAGAUAAACCUCGUCUCCCAGCUGCAGCAAAUGGAAACGCUCACAGAGAUGCUUUUGACAUGAAGCCGCUUGAUGAUGCCCUGGGGGUUUCUGGGCACGGAGGUCCAGGCUCAGUGACAGCAGUGCCCUCUAUGGUGCAGCAGUUACAGUCUGAAAUUUGGUUCCAUGGGAGCUUAAGUCGCAGGGAAGCAGAGAAACUGUUGACUCGAGAUGGCGACUUCCUGGUGCGCGAGUCUGGGACCACGCCUGGGCAGUAUGUCCUCACGGGACAGCAGGGUGGUCAACCCAAACACCUGCUACUAGUUGACCCAGAAGGAGUGGUCCGUACAAAAGAUCAUCGGUUUGGGAGUGUCAGUCACCUGAUCAGUUACCACAUGGACAACAGACUUCCCAUUGUGUCAGCUGGGAGUGAAGUGUGUCUGCAACAGCCAGUAGAGCGCAGGGCCUGACCUUACACACACACACACACACACACACACACACACACACACACACACACACACACACUCAUUUCCUGUAAUGCCCACAGCAACACUACACCUAAAACAGAAGAAUACAUAUGCACACACAUAGCAAAGAAAGCCAAAAAAAAAAAGAAAAAAUUUCACCAGUUUCUCUGCGAAAUCACUCACUUGCUGCUGUUGCUAUAUUUCCUGUCCAAACUGUGAUCUGCAGUUCCUUGAUUAACAUCCGACUAUCAGGCGCAUUCCUCCAAAGCGGAGAAGCACUGCUGCAAUCUCUCAGCCUACUGUGAACCAGAGAGGAGCCCUCUGCAAACUACAGAAUGGGGCAGAAAACAAAUGCAAAUUUUUUUUCUAAGAAAAAAAUCUUUAUGUGAGCGUAUAUUAAAAAAAAAAAAGGAAACAUGAUAUUAUAUGGAGUAAUGUACUGAAAUGACAGGACUGAAGAGUGUGGAAAGGAACAUGAAUGGACACAGAGGGAGAUCUUCAGUACUUCAGUACUGCAUGUGCUUUUUUAUUCCAAUGGGGUGGAAUCCUCCUCAGACUGUUGCUGGAGCAUUUUAGAUAAAACACAAACUGGAUGGCAAGAGUUCUUUGUUUCAGAGACUGAACCAGGCUCAAACACAAACUCUUGCAGCAAACCUGAGUCUGAGAUAAUUUGGCUGGAGAAUACGCGCACCGGUGUGCAAGUUUGUUUCUGAUCUCAUCAGGAGGACCAACCCCAACCUCUCCCCUCUUAAGGACUUUUAAACUUUGACCCCUGGAGGAAAGCCUGUAUGCAAAUCUAGGACUGCUAUGCCAAUGACCAUCAUAUACUGUAUAUUCUUUUCUUGUAUUUCUGUCUGUUAUCUUGACUCUCAUCACUCAAAGGACAUUCUGAGUAGGAUCAAAACAGCUGUAUCCUCCCGAUCCCUUUGCAAACACAGACGUACACAACUGAGUCUGCACCACCUGCCAUGCCAAAGAACAUGAACUUGGUUGCUACCGGCAGAAAAGGAAGCCAUGAAUAUUAUCAACUCUUAUCUGUCUUGUGUGCUUACGGCACUGGAGCUAAGAAAGAAAUGCAUAUUGAAAUGGGGCUGUUUUAGAGUGCAGAGAUUGUGUGUGUAGGGGACAAAAAAGGAAAUUUAAAUAAAAAAAA